AUGGCCGACAACAACUCUUCCACCCUCAAGUCUUACGUCGACUCUGCCACCGGCCUCGCCCAGCGCGCCGUUGGUACCGUCACCGGUAGCUCUUCUACUCAAGCUGAGGGCCAAACCACUCAAGACCAGUCCGAGUCCGAACACGCCGCCAGCCACGACACCGCCAAACUCGGCCACGUAACCGCCGACCCCCAAACCGGCGCCACAGCACAGGACAACUCCACCCGCAACACAGGCUCCUGGGAUCAAACCGUCGGUUCCGCUAAGGAGUCCGUCGGUAACUUUAUCGGCAACGAGAAUAUCCGCCGACAGGGCGUCGAACAGAAUGCUGCUGGUAAAGAGGCUGAGGCGAAGGGUCAGUUGAAGGAUCUUGGUGAGGGGGUGAGUGAUCGCGCGCAGGGGAAGUUGGGUGGUAUUGGGGCUGCUGUUGUGGGGGAUCGGGAGGAGGAGGAGAAGUGGAGGCAGGUUCAUAAUGAGGGGAAAGUUAGGCAGAGGGGGGCGGAGGAGGAUAUUGAUAAGAAGGGGGGUGCUUAG